AUGUCGAAAGCCCACCUCAGCCUCGUACCUACGUACGCGAUCGAUCACGAUACUCGAAGCCUUUCCCCAGUGGAUGAGCACAAGGAGACAACCGAUGCCGAGCUCUUUUACGACCUGUUCUUCGUGGCGAACCUGACAGUAUUCACGUACAUCCACAGCGUCUCGGAUCUGUCUAGCCUCCAGCAAUACAUUGCGUUCUUCUGCAUAUUAUGGUUCACAUGGUAUUCAGUUGCUCUAUUUGACGUUAGAUUCUCCAAUGUCGACUGCCUCACGAAUCGAAUAGGCAAGGCCUUUCAUUUCUGUUUUAUGAUCGGCUUUGCAUCAGUCGGACCCAUGUUCAAGGUUGGCGAACUCGAAGACGACAGACAUCGCCCCGUCGUCCACUACUUCCGCACGCUCACACUGAUUCUGAUGGCGAGCCGCCUCGUCCUAGCGCUACAGUACUUCCAAACGAUGUGGCACUUCAGAAGACAACAAACAUCUCGGCGAUCACUCAUGCUCCUGGCAGGCUGUUACAUCAUGGCAGCGGCAAUUUAUCUGGGCCUCUUCUUCGCUUUCACCAACGAUGCUGAAAGCUCCGCAUGGAUCGUGUGGUACGUUGUUGGUAUUAUGGAAUCGCUCUUGGCAACAUUCGUGGCGUGUACAUCCAAGCACCUUAACUCCUGGAUUUUGGACCUUCUUCCGUGGCUUACGCCCAUCAUUACACCGCUCGCCAUCGGCAAGACCCACGAGCUAUCCUUCAAGCACACGCACCUGGUCCAGCGGAUGUCGUUGCUGACUUUAAUCAUACUUGGCGAGGGCGCCAUCAGUGUCGCGAAGCAGUGUCAAGUCAUCGCAGAAGCAUCGACGUUCACGUGGAAUGUUGUCAACAUUGUCAUCAUCGCUUGUGCGGUACUUAUCCUCUAUUUCAUGUACAUGAUCUACUUCGACUGGCAGAGACUGGAAGCCGACGCCGACGAGACCAUCGAAUCGAGGUCGAUCAGACAGCGGGUCUGGGCAUUCAUACACUUCUUCCUUCAUCUCUUCAUGGUGUUGUCGGUCCAAGGUCUGAAGCUCGGGAUCACGUGGAGUGCUGCCAUGCAAGAGGUAAAAACAUUGAACAGCAUCAACCAGCAAUGGGUCGCGCCCGGUGCCAGGAUCUACGACAGCGUCUUGUCAGAAGACGACUGGCACGAUGUUAGCGAUACCUGGAGCCAGGUCCUGGGCGAUAUCACGACCGACCAGGGUUACAUAUCGAGCUCAAUGGCCGAUGGUCUUGAUACCGUCAACGACAUCUGGCAAUACCAGCACGCCCUUGAAUACUUCGACGACCUCAGCAACGUCACCAACUCAAACCGCGCUUACGAGCUUUGCAAUUAUACCGCGUACACAUCGAUCUUCACCAUCGCCGGCUUCGGUAAGAACUCUCUUGACACCGAGCUGGAAGAAUACAGUAUCCAAGACUUUGACAUAAGCUCUUCCAAUUGGACCGUCGGCGGCGACGAUGCUGAGAGACUGCACAACAUGGUGGAGAUUGUCGGCAAGUUCCACUUGACAUACAUCUAUUUCUGCGUCUCGAUUGGUAUGGUAGUCCUGCUGUGCACUGCACUGGGAUACCUCAGCCGGCCGACACGGGAAGGCUACCAUCGCGUGAGACUCAACUACAGUGGCUUUGCAGGGCUGGCGUUGUGCCUGCUCGCUACGAACGCUCUUCGGAAUGGAGACCUCUUUGCACGAUCGGUGGCUGAGCCUUGGCUUCUGCCCACGACGAUGGCGUUGCUGUUUAGUGUCGUCAUCGUUAACAAUGUCAAGCUUACGUGGCACACAAACCGCCCAGCGGUCCAGAGAACCUCCGACUCUGGUCCAUCUGGCGACGACCUAGUGCUCAGGGAUAUGGCUCUGGCAUGA